ACGCUACUUCGCGACUAGUCGAUCUGCCUACCAUCGUUACGCCGAGUUCUUCGUAUAUUCUUUUCAUCACCGUUUAUUUUGAGUUCAUACAUUUUUCAUAAUAAAGUUUUGUGUUCACGUAUAAUAAUCAUUUCUGUUUCGUUUUUGUGUUUCAACCCUUUUCCACGCACAUUCAGCACCCACGUAUAUAACACCGCAAGACUCUCUCGCGAGCCGCGUGUUUGCCGCUUGGGUACUUGAGAGUCUCAAAAUUUGUCCCACGUCCCACGGUUCUGGCAUCACUGCUUGAGACUCAACUUCCGAACAGUUUCUUGCAUUUUAACCUCUGUUACUUCUAAAACAUUCUCGUUGCGAUAAAAUUCAGUAAAUUUUAUACAGAGAUAUAAAAUAUGAGUGAAAGAGGUGGAUACCAUUGUUCCUUCAAAGGGUGCCAAAGUGCAAGCAGUGACAGCAUGUAUUGUACAGAGAUUUCAAUAAAAUGUGUAUUUUAAUUAAAUGUGUAUUUUAAUUAAAUGUAGAUAUUUAACAGUCUUUUUAUGGUAUUCUAUUUUGAUUGUACCGAGUGCUUUUCAAAUUAGAACCCGCGCACAACCAGCAAUAUGGCGAUCUAUUGGGCAUAAGAUCAAAGGUGCCGACACGGAGUGAGCCUACUGUUCUUUCCUAUACUGUGCUAGGAUAGAGCAGACGGCGCUCGUUCUUGUGGAACAAAUUCAAGAUCCCUCGAAAACAAAAGUAUAUUCAUCGUCAGUUUUAUCUGAUACAUGUCUGCACUCAUGCAAUUUUGCUAAACUGUUAAUAAAUAAUAAAGUCAAAAUUUACUUACGAAAACGCAAAAAUGAUUCUCAGAAGAACUUGCAAUUUACUAACUUUAAGGCAAAAUCAAAUAAGUAUCCAGUUUUAUAGUUUAUUUCCAACAUCAUAUGUACCACCAGUUUAUAAAAAGGAUCAACAAAAAGAGAUAUUUGAAACUCCAGAAGGAAAGCAAUUAUCUCACACACCUAUCAGACCAGCUUUAACUUCUGAUACAUGUUCUGAAUUUCACGAUGAGAUAAUUAGAAAAUUUAUAAAUUAUAUUAUGAGAAAAGGUCAAAGAGCAGUAGCCAGGAGAGUAUUAGAAACUGCCUUUGAAAAUAUUAAAAUAAUACAACUGAAAAAGUACUAUGACGCACCACCUGAAGAAAAAGAUAAUAUUGUAUUAGAUCCAAAAACUAUUUUACAUCGUGCCAUAGAGAACUGUACACCCAUUUUGGACUUACAUAAUAUAUCAAGAGGUGGUAUUACAUAUAAGGUUCCUGUACCAAUAUCUGAGAGGAAAGGUCACUUUAAAUCAAUGAAUUGGCUGAUUGAAACUGCAAAGGACAAGCCAAAUCAAACCCAUCUUGUUGAUGCCUUAGCAAAAGAACUUAUUAGUGCUGCUAAUAACGAGGGUCGAACUGUGAAAAAGAAACAAGAUUUACACAAACAAUGCGAAGAAAAUCGAGCUUAUGCUCAUUACAGAUGGUUGGAAUAAAGAAAUUAAGAAUGAAGUUAUUAUUUAUAGAUUUACAUCAAUCAAUUAAACGAAUUAUACAUUGUCACCAAAAA